GGCGAGUUCAUCUUUAUCUUUACUCUAACCUCCACUCGUCCAACACUUCUCUCCUUCCUUUUCGCUCUCAUUUUUGCUCAGUAGACAUGUCUAAAAUCAUUACCAUUGACGAGCUCAAAACCAACAACUCGAAAAGCAGUAUCUGGUUGCUUAUUGACGGCAAAGUCUAUGACUGCACGAAAUUUAUUGACGAGCAUCCCGGAGGAGACGAAGUUAUCUUGGCUGAGUCUGGAAAGGAUGCAACUGAGGCAUUCGAGGAUGUCGGUCACUCCGACGAAGCUCGUGCCCUUUUGCCCGAAAUGCUAAUUGGCACUUUCGACAAGAACAGCGGAAUGGACCUUAAGAAGCUAUCAACCGCACCAACAUCAGCACAGAAGGCUAUUGAACAUGGAUCCAACAUGAUGUAUUUCAUCCCUCUCAGCCUUAUGGGAGCAUACUUUGCAUGGAGAUAUUAUUCUGGAGCAUAAGCCUUCCCUAAUGAUAGAAGCUGGCGUGGCAUAUCGUGCGCGCGCCUAAAUAUUUCCCUACCACGCCACUCCUUCUUGUGUUUGAUGUUGCUUGUAUCUGCUUUUCAUAGAAUUUACGGAACCAACUUUUCGGGAAUUCCUUGAGUUUGAUACUACCAGUAGCUGAGAAGCAGCUGGACUCUUAGCCUAGGUAGUCCUGGGUUCAUGUAUACUAACGUUAUGGUGCGAGGAAACAAGUAUUCUUAGUAUUCUUAUGCUGUCAACAGGGU